UCGGGGCGCGCGCUCCGGGACGGGGACGGGGGGCGCUGCCGCAGCCUGCGUGGGCGCUCGGCGAGCGGGCACCGGCCGCGGCAGGAUGGACCUGCAAGCCUCGCUGCUGCCCCCCGGCCCCAACGCCAGCAACACCUCGGAGGGCCCGGACAACCUCACCUCGGCCGGGCCACCUCGUCGCACAGGGAAUGUCUCCUACAUCAACAUCAUCAUGCCUUCUGUGUUCGGCACCAUCUGCCUCCUGGGUAUCAUCGGGAACUCCACAGUCAUCUUCGCGGUGGUGAAGAAGUCCAAACUGCACUGGUGCAGCAAUGUCCCCGACAUCUUUAUCAUCAAUCUCUCGGUGGUGGACCUCCUCUUUCUCCUGGGCAUGCCCUUCAUGAUCCACCAGCUCAUGGGCAAUGGUGUCUGGCACUUUGGAGAGACCAUGUGCACACUCAUCACGGCCAUGGAUGCCAACAGUCAAUUCACCAGCACCUACAUCCUGACUGCCAUGGCCAUUGACCGCUACCUGGCCACUGUCCACCCCAUCUCCUCCACCAAGUUCCGGAAGCCCUCUGUGGCCACCCUGGUGAUCUGCCUCCUAUGGGCCCUCUCAUUCAUCAGCAUCACCCCCGUGUGGCUCUACGCUAGGCUUAUCCCCUUCCCAGGGGGCACAGUGGGCUGUGGCAUCCGCCUGCCCAACCCAGACACUGACCUUUACUGGUUCACCCUGUACCAGUUCUUCCUGGCCUUUGCCCUGCCCUUCGUGGUCAUCACAGCCGCGUAUGUGAGGAUCCUGCAGCGCAUGAUGUCCUCGGUAGCCCCCGCCUCUCAACGCAGCAUCCGGCUGCGGACAAAGAGGGUGACUCGCACGGCCAUUGCCAUCUGCCUGGUCUUCUUCGUGUGCUGGGCUCCCUACUAUGUGCUACAGUUGACCCAGUUGUCCAUCAGCCGCCCGACACUCACCUUUGUCUACCUGUACAACGCAGCCAUCAGCUUGGGCUAUGCCAACAGCUGCCUCAACCCCUUUGUGUACAUCGUGCUCUGUGAGACAUUCCGCAAGCGCUUGGUCCUGUCGGUGAAGCCUGCCGCCCAGGGGCAGCUUCGAGCCGUCAGCAAUGCCCAGACGGCCGAUGAGGAGAGGACAGAAAGCAAGGGCACCUGACACUUCCCCUGCCACCCUGGGCACCUCCGAGUUAGGACAGCACAGCAGACCAUGGGGAGAGAUGCUGAGAAAAACCCAAGACCCCUCUGGGAGAAUGCAGAGGGGCCAGGUGGUGAGGGGUUGUUACAAAUCAGAACAUACCACGGUGUCCACAAAUUGCUGGGGAGGUUGGGAGCCAGAUUUGGGGGCUUCAAGCAUCAGAAAUCCCCUUGGGAGAACAGGAAGAGACCUUUGCGUUGAAUAGAAACUGGACAAGAAGAAAAUUUUGGUUUAAAUGUUCAGUGGAGCCCUGCAUCUAUUAGCUCCCAAAAGUCUUUUCCUCGAUUGCUGGUUGAUUUGAAAUCUGGGCAGGCCGGGGUGUGAGUGAUGGGGUCCUACUACAGGGCCCUGGGGAGAUGGGAAAUUGGUGUGGCCUCAACCCUCUUUCCCAUCUUUCACUGGUAGGAUGGAGGGCGCCCUUUCUCCCAAGCUGGAGGAUGAUGAAAAAUGAAGCAUGCCAUCUCUCCAUGUGCCAGCAUCCUGUCAA